AAUAUUUCAGUCACAUUUGUGACUGAAAAAGUACAGAUGGCAAAACUAAACCACGAAGGCAAGUCCCUUAUCACUGAAACAAGAACGCCGGACACGUACACGAGACGAGCGGAAAUUGCGCGUUCUCUGCGCAGCUUUCAAAAUUAUCAUCGUACCGUGAUCUCUUUUGUUGGCUCCCGCCCCCACUGCCACACUGAAGUGGUCUCUUUUGUUUUGGAGACCAUUUUUCAAUAAAGCCUGGAUAAAGCAGGGAUUUAGGUCCAGGUCAUGUCAUUGAAAAUUCAAUAUAUGCGCUUCACAAAAGCUGCCGUAUCGUGCCUAAACUUGUGGGAAUAUAGAAUGUCUGAUAUGUGUAGGUAAGUUGAUACCAUUACUCAAUUGUACUUUUUGCUAUUUAUGAUAAUCGCGGGGGUGAUGGCUCGCGCGGCCGGCUGUCAUGUCACUGGCUUUCACCGGCUGUACUGUCAGUGCAGUGAAUGGGCUGUCUUCACGGCCAGUAGCCAAUCAGAUCGCUCCAAUUCAGUCCCAAGAGCUUUAUUUAGUUCCCUAGUGUUCAUUUACGUCGCUUUGCAAACUCAAACUGGAAGCUGUAACGUACCAUGAAACCUACACGGUAGAUUUUCCGGGAUUCGCUUCAAGGGCGCCGCGACGUCAACUUGACGCCACAGGAACUCGCGGGAAAUACGUUCUUGUUCCCGCCAUCCAACAGUUCACCCAGCGACUUAUCAGCAAAGAAAUGCUGAAAUUUUUGGCUCUCAAGUUCAAGAACCAAUCCAUCAAUGAAGUCAAGCCUUACGAGCCACAGGUAUUUUUACCAGAAAGUUCCGACUUAGAGGAGAGUGCAGACGAAGAUGACGAACUGAGGGAGAUAAAUGGAGCCGACAAAGCAUUCCGCAACAAUAACAUACACGAGGAGUCUUUAAAGAUCAAGUCAUCUUUCGCAGGACAAGUUGAACAUGAGGCGACAAAGGAGAAUAUCUACACAGCGAGAGACAACAGGGAAGAAAACAGAGGUUUUUUGCCGAUAGAAAUUCCCAGUAGAGAAAGCGGUGCCGCGGAAAAGCGAAAGUGGUCUCAAGUGAACACUCACAAGCUGCUUCAACAAUUUGCAUCUGGCAACGAUAGUUCAUCGAGUGACGAUGAAAUCAAAGAACUUUGUUCUAAAAAGAGUGGCCCGCUGGUGCUCAGCUCAAGUCCGCCUGGCAAAGUCACAAUUUUAUCAAAACAUUCUGCUUUUUCUGCAAGAGUGAGGCCAACGACAUACACAAGAGAGGGUCACUCGAGGAAAAAACACCGGGUCGUUUUCGCCGAAGAUGAUGGAUUUUUCUCUAGGCCGUCAUUAAACUUCGAGAAGAUGCAACAGAAAUCGGUGCUAAUAAAGAAGCAUACACAUGGCCUGUCGAGACCGAGACCAGUAAGAAUAAGGAGUAUCUCCAGUGGUAGACAUAGUCGGGGCUGUGACCCAGCUGUGUUGUCAUUCAAGCCCAUCCAGAUGAACCCAUCAUUCAGUCUUGCACCAGUCGAAGAACCAGGCUUUGCCUAUUAACAUGUUUCAGCCGGCAUGUUUCCACGCUGUUAUUGGCUACAUAUUAGUACCUAACUCUGGAACCUUUUACAAGUCGUGUGCAUCGCACACAGAACGUUAAAAAGGUAGAUUACUUGGAUACAAGUGAGAUACCUUACAGGUCUUAACCCGCCUUAUGUGUCAUCACUGGUUGCCUACAAGUGGCAGAAGAGCCCAGAGGUUGUAUCAAGUUGACAUCAGUUAAUUGAGCUUUGCAUUUUGCAACUUUAGACUCAGAGUAAAGUUAGCUCUCAUUUAUUCUCGGUUUAAUAUAUACGGUUGCUCAAUUUUCGGAGCAUUUAGAUAUGUAUGUAUAAAUGAAAGUUUUCGUGCAAUUGGUCAUGUGCUGGUUACAAUACCUUGUGAUACCAACAUAAUUAACUCAGAAGAUGGCCAAAUGACUAGUAGGUCUUGUAGAGGUGACCAGCCACAUUUUUCACAAGUUGAACAUCUUGUGUCAGCGAUUUAUUUCAUUCUGUUCAUUGGUCACUCUUGACUAGCCAGGAGAAGUAGGAAGUUUCCAUUAGGAAAGCAGUAUUGUAGAUGAACUUUUUACCAAUUUUGAUUGGUAACUUGUUGUCUGCUUCUGUGCUGCAUCACUUCUGAUGUCCAAAAAUGCUCAAGAUUAUCUUUUGGUUUUUGCAGCAUGCCUUUGUCUUGGGCUUACAUUUGUUGUGAUCUAAAAUGAUAGUGGGUGAUUCUCGACAAAAGAUCUGACAGGUUGAUCCCACAUGAAAACUUCUUCAACCAUUUUACAACCCUUUGAGCCUUAGCAGUACUAUUGAUCAGCUUUUUGCUUCUCUUUAAAUCGUCAUUGGAAAGUCUUGCUUGUAGGUUACAAUAAUCUAGCAAGUGGUUGACAGAGAGAAAGAGAGAGAAAUAAUCUUGUGUUUGUUCUAACCAGUUCUGUGUCUUUUGAAAACUGUUGUACAGAAAAAGGGUGUAAGGGUCGAUUCAGUACUAAACAUGGCUAGUUUGGUGGCAGUGUUUUCUUAUCUCAGAUGAGGGAAGCAGGCUUCCGUCACCCUCUGUGUGGGAUUGCUGAUAACAAUGGCAAGCUACCAAUCAAGCUUUGUUGUAUUGUUGGAAUGCGUGAAGGAAGUAUUUCUGAUGACUGUCAAAAACUGUCAUGAAAUGCAGACUGAAAAUUGUACAAUGCUAGCUUUAGAUCAGAGGGUGGUAGAUUUUUCAAUGAUAGAAUACACUUUUGAAGUGAUAGUAACUCAGUGAAGAAUGAGGGAGAUUGUGAUGGAUAUUGAAAAGUAAACUUGGAAAAUGUAGGUCAAAUUUCACGCCAGCUCAAGAGUACAUGGCACAUUCAAUUUGAUAGAAACCCAAGUUAAUGUUUAAAUGUGAAUAAAUAAUUAAUAAAACAACAAACAAGUAAACAUACACUUUUUACCAGAUUUAGCAGCUUGCAAUCUCCCUCCGACUUCUGCUGUAAUUUGUUAGCUUUAAACUACCAUAAACAUGUUAGCGUUUCCUUUCAUCUGAACUCUUACAGUACUCACUUAAGUUUUAACACCUGUGUGGAGAGAGCAAAGAUUUUCACCUUUAAAGUGGUAUAUAGCAGGAUACAAUGACCAGUAUCAACUUAUCUUGGGAAUGUGUACAUCACUUAGACUUCUAUCCUGUGGUUGUAAUUUUGUUAGAUCUGAAUUCUAAUGUAAGUUUUUUUUUACUUGGAUUCGAUUGUUAAAAGCAUGAGUAGUUGAUCCAUAACAAUUGUAAGCCUGAAUGUUGAAAUCAAUUUUGUAACUUUUCUUUGAGGUUUUCUGUUUAUUUUUUGCUUUUAUUUUCUGUUUUCCAGUUUUGAUGUUGAUCAUGCCAAACUAAACAAAACAUUUAGCAAUGAGAAACACUUUUAUACCAGAGAAUUUCAAACCAUGACCCUGUUUUGGUGUUGAUCAGCUUUUGAGCAAUCUGGUCUAGGGAUGUAGUUUGUUUUCAUCAGAACUAGCUUGUAUUUUUGGUAUUGAAUAGUUUGGAGUUUCUCAGAAAGGGUCACUUGAUAAGUGUUUGGUCACUGAUUAUUUUAAAGGUUCUGUGAUUUUUUCCAACCAUAUCAACCAUUUUUCAUGAAAUGAUAUGCACACUCAUGUCUUGCUAGUCAAGUUUUCCCACAUAAAAUCUGAUUUUAAAAUCCAAGGGAUUUCUCUCAUGACUGCUUUAUGUCGAUAAUGUAAAUCUGACCGGGUGCAUUUCAUCAUGUAAACCCAUUGUUGUUUGGGGCAUGUAUAUACUCCUAUGUAUAUACUGCAACUAUCUAAAGUUUGUUUAUGUGUGCCUAUAGACAUGGAGAUCUGACUUGGGUUGUUUGAAAGGUGGAUAACGCUAUCUAUUGGAGACUUCACCAUCCAGUGGAUAACAUGGCUUGUUUUGUGAACACUUGUCCACUGGAUAGCAAUUUAUCUGGUGGAUAGCGUUAUCCAUCUUUUGAACGACUGGGGCCUGACAUUAGAGAGUGUUAUAAGUCUUCACAUUUUCUUUCUUACAGAAUAGGUAUGGAAUUGUUUUGGCUUUUUCACUUUGGACACUUCAUUAACCUAUUACAUUAAGUUUUCUUUAACAUCAGGUCUAUAUUUUUCCAACCUUCCCUUUUUGAUACAGUGUGGUAUAAGCAAGCUGGAUUUCCUUGCAGGCUCCUUUCCCAAAUAGUGACUGGUUAUUGAGCCCAUGUAGCAAGGUGCACCCAUAAUUUCUUUCUUUUAAGUAAGGUCUUUUUCAAGUUUUGGUUAAGUGAAACAGCCAUUACAACAAGGUCUUGUUAAAUUGUCCUCUUUAUCUGAUAGUUUGUUGACUUGAAGACUUAAUAUUUAUCUACUUAAGUAUAUUUAUACAGAUAUUUUGUACAUAUGUAUUUUAUAACUACAAAAGAGUAAGUCAGAUUAUCUGAGAGUUUGAAACUUAGAAGAGUAUUUAUUCGGACUGAGACGUACAUGUACAUUGUUUGUUCAUAACGCAACAUAGAGUUCGGCAAGGGUGUGUUUUGUUUGCCUCUCAAACAUUAAUUAAAAUGUGUUUUACAA